AUGCCUCACAAACAAGAACUUGAAUUCACUCCUAUCCCUGAUGCCCCCCUUGGUGCCGUUGUCACUCUUCCCUCUGGUAUUACCGAUCCUGCUGAUCUCAACGACGUGGACUUUCAGAAGCUCAAAGAGGGACUUUUGACCCAUAGUGUGCUAGUUAUUCCUGGCCAAGAAAACCUUUUACCCAGUUCCCAGUAUCAGAUUACCAAGCGCAUGGAUCCCACUUGCGAAGGUGGAUAUGGUCAUUCCAAGGAGUUUCGCCACGACAAGUCAGUUCUUCGUCGUGAUGGUGUUUCUGUCCCUGAUCAGCCUCAGGUUCAGGUUUUGGGCCAGGGAACUUUUAAGGGCCACUAUGGAAUGGACUCUAUUACUCUCCGUCACCCUACUCACUUUGAUUUCCACCAAACUCCCCUGACUGAUGAAGAAGUUGCCAAGGGUUACACUCGUUUCUAUAGAUGGCACAUUGACUCUGCUCUUUAUGGUCUUUCUCCUCCAGUAUGCACCACUCUUUUGGGUAUUCACGUUCCUGAGUCUACCAAGACCAUGAAGAUCAAGUAUGAAGAUACCAAUGAAGAAAUUGAGGUUGCUCAAGCCGGCACUGCUUUCUUUUCUGGUGCCAAUGCUUUUGAAGCUCUUUCUGAUGAAGACAAGGAACUUGCUCUUGGAACUACUGUUGAGUAUGCUCCUCACCCUUACAUUUUCAUUUCACCUGCUCGGGCCACCAGUGACGGUGUGACCAUGGUUUCUGAGAACAAGGAAAUUCCUCUUGAUGAGCUUCCUGAGUGGGAAGAGUCUAAGGUUAAGAAGCUUCCCAUGGUUUGGACAAAUCCAGUCACUGGUAAACAUCAUCUCCAAAUUCAUGGUGCUUGCGUGUAUAGAAUGCACCGCCCAGAUGGCACCGUUUUAGAGCUUGAGGAUGCUCGCAAGGAGGCUUAUAGAUUGAUUCGCCCAGCCAUUUCUCCAAAGAAUAUUUAUGUUCAUUCUUGGAAGAAGGGUGAUCUUGCAUUGUUUCAUAACCAGGGAGUUUUGCACAGCGUGACUGGCCAAUUUGCUGAAGAUGAAACUCGUUUAAUGCAUCAGUGCAAUAUUGCCAGUGGAGUUGAUCCUGUUACUGUUAAAAACUAA